AUGAAAAACCAAUAAGAAUAUCUAUCAGAAGUAGACAUAAAUCAUAAUCAUAAUAAAAGUAGUAGUUGUUAUAAAAUGGUGAAUGAGAAACGUAAUUCAUUAUUAGUCACAUUGACUCAACAGAAUCGAAAUAAGAAUACAUCAUUUGUUCCUAAUAUUAUAACGAAGAAAAAGUUAUUAAGAAGGUAUUUCAGGAGAGAAAAUGAAUAAAUUAAAUUGUAUAUACUCUCAAUCUAUUUGUACGCAACAUGCAAUUUAAAAAUCAAAGAUAGACUAUAAAGCUACACUGAGAAAGGCUGUAAAGAGAGCUUCAAUGAUAAUGUCAACAGUGAAAUAUUGGAAGGAUCAUUCUUAAAAGAAAAUUGA